CUCUUCCUGAGGCCCCCCGCCCCGAGAUGCGACCAUGGACUGCCGGAUCAAGGAAAAUCCAACAAGUACCUUUGAUUUGGUGCUACAGGUAAAAUGCCAGGCUCCUGAAAAUGAAGAUCCUGUGGUUUUGUGGAAGUUCCCAGAGGACUUUGGAGACCAGGAAGUACUCCAGAGUAUACCUAAAUUCUGCUUUCCAUUUGAUAUUGCAAGGGUGACCCAAGUUGGGCAGCAUUUCACCUUUGUACUUACUGACAUUGAAAGUAAACAGAGGUUUGGAUUUUGCCGGUUAACAUCAGGAGGAAAAGUGUGUCUCUGCAUUCUAAGCUACUUGCCAUGGUUUGAGGUUUACUACAAAGUAUUAAAUACACUGGCAGAUUAUUUGGCUAAAGAACAGGAAGAAGACUUGAGUGACUUGUUAGAAACCUGGUAUAGGCAUCCUGUUCCAAAGGCGAACACUCCUAUCAGUUUAAGUUUGCACUCAUAUUUCAUUGCUCCUGAUGUAACUGGCUUGCCAACUGUCCCUGAAAAUAGAAAUCUUACUGAAUAUUUUGUUGCUGUGGAUGUGAACAACAUGCUACAACUUUAUGCCAGCAUGUUGCAUGAGAGACGCAUCAUUAUUACCUCCAGCAAACUAAGCACUUUAACUGCAUGUAUUCAUGGGUCAGCUGCACUGCUCUAUCCAAUGUACUGGCAACACAUAUACAUCCCAGUGCUCCCUCCACACUUGCUGGACUACUGCUGUGCACCAAUGCCGUAUUUGAUUGGCGUUCACAUCAGUUUAAUAGAGAGAGUGAAAAGUAAAUCACUUGAAGACGUGGUGAUGCUAAAUGUUGACACAAACACUUUGGAAACACCGUUUAAUGACCUGAGCAACCUACCAAGUGAAGUGGUCUCGGCCUUGAAAAAUAAACUGAAGAAGCAAUCCACAGCUACGGGUGACGGAGUACCCAGGGCCUUUCUUAGGGCACAGGCAACAUUGUUUGGAUCCUACCGAGAUGCAUUAAGAUACAAGCCCGGAGAACCUGUCAGUUUCUGUGAAGAAAGCUUUGUCAAGCAUCAUUCCAGUGCUACAAAACAGUUCCUGGGAACUGCAGUGAAUCUUCAACUUUUUAAACAGUUUAUUGAAGGUCGGCUUGCAAAGCUGAAUGCAGGGAAAGGGUUCUCCGAUCUGUUUGAAGAAGAAAUCUCUUCAGGUGGCUUCCGUGGAGGAAACUCAAAAUCAUAUCACCAGUGGAUGUAUACAGUUAAGAAAGGAGGUGCUCUGAUCAACACAGCAAUGACUAAAGCUAGCCCAGCUAUGAAAACAGCAUACCAAUAUGCAAAAAGUCAUGCAAAACAAGGAAUAAAGGAGGUGAGGAGUAAGUUGAAAAACAAGGAAACCGAUGAUGAGUAUGGAACUUGCAGUUCAGGUUUGGUGCAAUACAGUCAAAUCUACACAGUGCACAAUUCAAAAAGACUUAAUACAGAAAAGCAAAGACUUGCACGGGCACGGUUGGGGUACCUUCAUCCAAUCCAACAAGAUUCUGCCUUGGAUGAGGAUGCUGAUGAUGAAGCGGACAGAACAAGCAAGCUGUCAUCUGAAGACAGUGAGGAAGCGUCUUAUUAUUUGGAUGACAGUGAUGACUCCGGAGAAAUGACCAAAACAUCCGUGACCCCGGGAGAAAUGGACUUGCUGGGAGAGAUUUUGGACACUUUAAGCACACACAGUUCUGACCGAGGAAAGCUCUCAGGAGCCAAGAGCAUGGACUUCUUUCGAUCUAUGGAUGAUAUUGAUUACAGGACAGUGAAUAAAUCCAACACCCCGAGUGAGAGCAAUCUUGCUCUGCUUUGCAGCGGUCUGACUUCUGAUCAAGGAGAGUGGAAUCUUGGGCAAGACGAUAGUGUCCUCAGUGGGAAACAGCUUCCCCCAUCACCAAGGAAACGUGCUCCUUCUAGCCUCAGCUGCACAGAAUCUCCCUUUGUGCUGGAAAAAGAAAAUCCUUCCUCUGCCUUUAGCUCUGACAGUGUGGGCUUCCUUAAAACCUGCAUAAAAUCUCAAAACCAGUCUCAAGAAACUAUGCAUCUGUUUUCUCCAGGAGUUUUACCUGUAAAGGAGACAAAAUGGAAUGAAACACUAAGCUGUACAUCAGUGGAUCCAGGGUCAUCAAACUUGAUCCAAAGUCCAUCCACUCUAGUUCCUUGGGAGAAAGAACCUAAAAAAGGAAGUGAAAUCCUAGAGGAGGGUGGACUGCUUCACGAAGUGGUGACCUUGUGUAAAAUGACUUCUGCUUUCAACCAUGGUUUAAACAUUUCAAGUGACGAGAUUUCCAGUAGAAGUGGGAAUAAGACAUAAGAAAUUUUGGAGGGGAGAGUUGCAUUUCCAACAAAGACUACU